AUGGAAGAACCCCGAAAAGUCGAGUUGUUUAUCACGUACCAGGUUUAUUGCGCAAAUUGGAAGCCGUGUUACGAUAUACGCGCAAGUACUGCCGAGGAUGAGGAUCAACACACCUCUGUCCAGCUCUGCUAUUAUGGAAUGGUCGAACAGAACACUGGCGAUGAUUGGAGAGACUGCGACAUUGUGUUGUCGACAUGUGCCGCAUCUCUCGGCGGAUCUCCGCCGCAUCUGGCUACUCUUUCGGCGACUCUCAACAAUUCAAAGAAUUCGAGGCGUCAUGGUUCAUCAGCGGCGAAUCGCCGAAAACCAAUGGGACUCUCGGCGGCUUCUGAGGAGGACAUGGGUUUCGGCUCAUUCGACUACAAUGAGAUUGUCGACGCGGCCGCUCUUCAUCGCUUCAAUAAUGGAAUUCAUAGUCGCAGUAGCGAGGAAAAUAGCGUUUCAACACAAGGAAUCGAGACCAUGGUAUCCACGUGUUUCUCGAUUCCAAGAACCGUCACGAUUCUCAGCAAUGGUGCUGAGCAUAAGCUUCUCAUUUCGAAGAUGGACCUUUCUUGUGCGUUUUCGCACGAAUCUGUCCCUUCUCGAUCCACCAACGCUUUUCUUUCGGCUCGUAUCACUAACAGCACCCAAUUACCUCUGUUGCCAGGCCCAGCUGCCGUCUAUGUGAACAACUGUUUUGUAACCAAGACUCAUUUGCGUCUUGUUUCACCCGGAGACGAGUUUCGAUGCAAUAUGGGUAUUGAUCCAUCGGUGAAAGUUGAAUACAAAUCCCCAACCGUCACUCAGGAGCAAGUCGGCUUCAUGUCGAAGAGUAUCCUAAUGACUCACGAACAAUUGAUCAGUGUUCGUAACGCAAAAGUUAGACAUAGUGUAAUCAUCACCGUUAAAGAACAGAUUCCGAAAAGUCAUGAUGAUAAAAUAAAGGUUUCCGUAGUUUCUCCGGAGAUUAAAACAUCUUCUUCAGCUGCUACUCGCCAGGAAGCACGUUUGAACAAGGAUCAUAAUCUUGAAUGGAGUGUUGUUCUCGCUCCGGGACAACAUCGAUUGCUGCCUGUUAAGUACACCAUUGAGCAUCCGGCGUCGGAAUCUCUGUCAUACAAAAUGCUCUAG